UCCGGAGAUGGCGUGAUGUGCAAUUUGGCGCAACUGGACCCGCAGCACUGCAAGGAGUCUCCCUCCCUCCCUCCCUCUCCGUCUCCGGGUCUCUCCCUGCUGAAAGCUCGCACUUCUCGCCCAGGUGUGACAUUUUUGGAGUGCCUCACUGGAACCCAACCGGCCGAGAAGAUGACGGACUCCGUACCGCCAGACCCCUCCACUGCCGUCCCGGAGCCGGCAGUAGUGGACCCCACGGCGGCGGUGAACGGCCAGUGCGAACAGGCGGAAACCCAGCAGCAGCAGCAGCAGCAGCAGCAGGAGCCAAGCACAGAAAGUCAGGGAGAGGGCUUCAAGAUGGACCAGGAGAUGAAGAUCACAGACAGCAUAGAGGACCGAGGUCUUCUGGAGAGCAGCAUGAGACUGAAGCCGCAUGAGGCGCAGAGUUACCGUAAGAAGGCUCUGUGGGUGUCCUGGGUGUCUAUCGUGGUCACCAUCGCCCUGGCAAUCGCUGCUUUCACUGUUUCCAUCAUGCGCCACAGUGCUUCAGCUUUUGGAUUUGCUUUCGACGCCACGCUGGAUGUGUUGUCCUCUGUGAUUGUGUUGUGGCGGUACAGCAACGCAGCAGCUGUCCACUCAGCACACCGUGAAUACAUUGCCUGUGUAAUCCUGGGUGUGAUUUUCAUCCUGUCCUCCUUGUGCAUUCUGGGUAAAGCCAUCCACGACCUUGCCACCAAGCUGCUACCUGAAGUGGAUGAUUUCCUGUUCAGUGUGUCCAUCGUAAGUGGCCUGGUCUGCAUCAUCCUCGCUGUCAUCAAGUUCAUGCUCGGCAAAGUUCUCACCAGCCGAGCCCUCAUCACUGAUGGUUUCAACUCUCUGGUUGGUGGAAUCAUGGGGUUCUCCAUCCUCAUCAGUGCUGAAGUUUUCAAGCAUGAACCCAAAGUGUGGUACCUGGAUGGGACAAUAGGUGUCCUCAUAGGCCUCAUAAUUCUUGGCUACGGAGUCAAGCUGCUGCUGGAUAUGAUCCCGCGGAUCCGACAAACCAGGAACUACGAGCGUUUUGAGUGAUGGCCGGAUGGGCAAAGAAGAAAACAGGAGGAGGGGGAGGGUGGGGAGGGGCUGACUGACAGGAGGGACGGGGAUUUCUUCAGCUCAUGGUCCAAACGGUCCCUUCGAAGACUAUGACAUUCAGUCCCUGAGAUGCCAGUGUCUGUAAAUUCCUCCUUUUCACUCAUUUUAAGAUUUUGGACUGAUGAUCCAGUCAUCGUGGAUACAACUCUAGGCACCUUUUAAGUGUUUUACAAUUUGGUGUACAUAUAUUAUCUAUGAUCUUUUAGCGGUGAAUGCUAUUUAAACAGGGUUAAAGAGGGAGACGCAUCAAGUACAAACAAUACUGUGAAAGUGACAAAGUUGUAAUUUCUGUUGUAGAUGGAAAGGGACUGCAACGUACCGGAGAUGUAUGGCCCACUCUGAGUCCACCUCCAGAAAAGGAGCACAUUUUUGUACAGAGAGCUGAUGUACAAUACUUCAGUUACACCUCGUCACCCUGUCACAACACAGCAGUUUAUUUUUCCCCGCAGUUCCUAGAGGCCUUUGCUCAGCUGGGCUAUAAAGUGUUGCAGCUCAAAAUGAUUGAUGUAGCUGAUGUAGCAAUGGAGUAUUAGAGGUGGUUCCUUUUUUUAGGAUAAGAGAGGAGAUGUAUCACUACAACAACUAUUUGGCAUGGCUGAGAGAAAUACACACCCACAGAGGCUUAGGAACAUGUGAUAUGCUGUUUACGAUAUCUGUCUAGACUGACCCUGGUGAGUGGGCACUGAUUCAGCUACCGUGGUGCCAGCAGCAGCUUACAGUCCCGGACGGUGAAAAUCAGUGAUUUUGGCUUUCAGGAAGUGACAGCCUGACUCUGCCUCCAGUCCACUGUAAAUGAAACAAAAAUGAAAUCACUGAAACUGGCUUGGUCUGAGUUAGGCAGACAUCUGACCAGUUGCACAUCAUUUGUACAUUUACAUGUUGCACAAUCUACUGAGCAGGAUGAGCACAUACUAUUUACACAAAUGUGAAUAAUUGUAAAGGCUGAGUAAGGAGGGGCUGGACAAUCUGACUCAAAGAUCUUUUCUUUUUUUCUUUUUCUUUUUUUUUGAAUGAUCACAUUAUUCUGAAUCACAAUUUUCCAAACUUCUUGUUAUAUGUAGGUGAGUUACAACCAGACUACAAAAGGGUUUUCAUCAGUUUUCAACCAAACAUCAUUUUGUUAAAUAAAUAUGAGACACAAAUAAAUUUACUCACUGAGGAAGUAAACACUAGGUCCAUAUUUUCCUGCCGUUUCACACUUAUGUUCACUUUUCAUGACGGAUAUAUCAUUAAAAGUGAUAUGACUUGACUUGCUUGACUUAUAGCAGGAACUCGACUUUACUCGGUUCGUUUAGUAAUAGCUUAAGAGACUUAAAGGACUGAUAAUGGUCAAAACACAGUAAUGUCCCAUCAGAGAGCGAACUUUAAUUGAUUGCCAUUCCAACAUUUAUUUCAAUAUCAAGUAGCUCCUUGUUUUGGAUAAUCCCUUAUGGUCCAACUAAAGCAAAAAUUAAUUUAAAAGUAAAAAUAUGGGUCAUUUAGCAACACUAAUCUGCCAGAUUGUCUCUAAAAUGUCCCGUCAGAGAGAUUUCGAAAAUGUUUUGACCCCUAAACAGAUAAUUUUCUGUUUGCAAAUCCAGAAACUUAGGAGUUUCUUCAGACUUAAAGUUAAAACUCAAGACUUGCUUGUUGUUUGGACCUAUGUGACUUAUUCCCAUGUCUGUUAUUAAGUUUUCCAGUUAACUGAAUUUGCUUAGUUUUAGCUGACUUAAUACCAUAAGUGUCGCACAGAUAGUAGUAUUUAUAAUACUAAAAUCUGACCGAUUUAAUUAACCUUUAAAGGCCCAGAACUAUUUUUGUGGCAGCCUAAAAAUGAUGAUUUAAACUUCCCUAAGUGAUUCUGUUACCAGUUAAAAGCACGUUUUUUUCCUAGUUUUAAGUUACUUAUUGUAUAGAUGUUAAUCAAAGCUCAGAAUGUGUUUGAAAACUUGUGGAUCAAUGUAAGAGAAGAUGACAGUGCUUCCACAUUCACUAGAGCCUUUGAAUCUAAUCAAUCAGGUCAUAUCUGAUGAUGAUGAAAAGCUGAGAAACUUUUUUUACCUGAAUUAACUCAAUUAUUGAUGAUUAGUGGUACAAAAAUGAUUAAACAUUUUAUAUCUGUAGAAGCUUUUGGUCGCAGAUGGCUGUUCAGGUCUUUGAGGGUUAAUACGAACACAUUUUAAUCAUAGUUUUUAGCAUCAUGAGUCUUUGUUUAUUUAUAUAUUCAAAGGUUAUUAAUGAAAUUAGAUUGACUGUUUUUUCUGUAAUGCGUUUGCAUAAAGCAGGAUUACUAUAUGGCUAUAUUUCUUUGCUGUCUGAAGUUUUCAAGGCUUUAUUUCCACAACACACUCCACACACUCCUGCAGGUCAAAGUGGUCUGAUCAAACACUUUUAGAGAUGACAGAUUUAGGACGCAGAAAAGUAGUGAACAUGCCAAACUGUUUGCAAUAUUAGGAUGUCAGAUUGCUCAGCCCUUGUAUGAAGGAAAACUUUGUCUAUAUAUAUUUCAAUAUUGUACUGUGAAAGAUUCCACUCCAGCUUUUUCUGUCCUACCAACACACACUUGUACUGAUAAGGUAUUGUGAUCUACUGUGUAUGAUCCAGCUGAUCACAGGACGCCUCAGUGGGACAGUUUAACUGUUGUCGCUCCAUCACUAUCGCCAUUUCCGUAUGCAACGACUCAUGUUAAUCUUUACAUGUGUGCUUGGUCUGCAAACCCAGUCAUGUGACAUAUAGUUUAGGAGAAAUGACAAGUCAAUAUUUAUCUUCUUAUUAAUGGAUCAAAGAGUCAAUUUAUGUCCUCUCUUAUCUGGAGCUGCUGUUUGUUUUGGUAUUUAAAGGUGCAAUUUCACAUUUAUCUGGCAAAUUAUUUGUAGGUACUGUAUAUUUACAAGAAGUGAUAACCAGGAAUAUAUUUGUGAAUAUUAUUUGCUGGCAAAUUUCUAUCAUGUACGGUAUUUUAAGCACAAGAUUCUCUGAUUCACUGCUGAAUUUAUUUAAAAUAACGCUAAUAUUUGUUAGAAUAUAUCAACAUGUUACAAUACCUUGAUAUCACAGCCACAGUGCUGCACAAAACAGUUCCUCUCCAUCCCAUCUGUGCUCGGUUUUCAACUCCAAAGCCUUAAUCUUACUGAUCAGUGUUUGGCGACUGUGGAACGUGAAUGUAAUUAUCAGGUGGAGUUCCAGCUGUUGGGAGUCUGUCAUUAAUUCCAGAGGCGGGACAUGCUAAUUUUGCAGAGUGUUCAUGUUUUCCUCAAGUCUGUGCUUGCUACAGUGGCUGUAACUGAAUGUACACACUGUGCUGUGAGACUCAUUUAAUCAGCUUCUGUGAUGCUUUGUGUUUCAUCUGAUUCAAGGUCUUCUGUUCAGGUAUAAAAGUGGUACCUUCAUACUUUAGUUUUCUAUAUUUCUGAAAUCUGUUGGAUGUGUGUAUAUGCACACACACUGUGGGACUGGUGUAAAUACUGAAACUGUAUUGCUGUGAUGUAAAACAAAUGUUAAACCAGAGUCAGAGCCUUUUGUCACAGAGAAAAGGUUUAUUUAAAAAUAAAGUUAUAUCCCUCUUACUCUUCAAGGACUGUGAAAACGGCGUUAUUUAGAUUCCACUGCUUGGACCACAAUCAUCACCACUCAGGUGUUUCAGACACCGGAUGCAAACUGAUAGCGUUGAAACAAAUUUGAGAUUGAAAAACAAAGAUUGGUACAUGUUUGCAUGACUGUAAGUAGCUUUUUUCCUUGUUUUUAUUCUUUAUUCUUAUGACGGAGACAUUCAAUGCUGAGGUUAACAAAGACAGAGAAUGAUGAGGAAACCAUGUUCUUCAAAACAUCUGCUGAUAGCUCGAUGUUCAUAAGAGAUAAGAAUGAUAAGCUAGAACCGGAGCUGAUUUUUACUGAAACUUAUAUGAAACAUCUGAUAAUCUGAUUGACAGCAUGCUCCGAGUAAGUCUGACAGAAAU